UUGCGCAGAAAGUAAAGAGUGGACAAAUGGGCCUAUCCAUUCACUCCACCUUGUUCCGCCCUUUGAAUAGUCAAAUAUUACGUAGGGUGAGAGGCCUUAUAUUAGUAUUAGUAAAGUAGUUUCAGUGUUGAGAAGAAGAUAGAUAUGGAAAUAAGGAGAGAGAUGAUGGGAAGUGAAAAGGUGAAGUUAGUGAGUUCAGUGUUGAGUCCAGUUGGUCGCAGAGUUGAAUGGGUGCUAAAGCUGAAGGGUGUUGAUUACGAGUAUGUGGAAGAAGAUCUCUUCAACAAAAGCAACCUCCUUCUGGAACUGAACCCGGUUCACAAGAAGGUUCCGGUUCUUGUUCACCAUCACAAACCGAUUGCUGAGUCACUCAUCAUCCUUCAAUACAUCGACCAAACAUGGAACCAAUAUCCACUGUUGCCCCAACAUCCUUAUCAAAGGGCGCUUGCACGCUUUUGGGGCACUCUUGCUGAUAAGCUUGCAAAGACAUCAUGGGAUGCAAUGUGUGGCAGCGGGGAUGAACAGGAGAAGACAGUGAAGGAAGCGAGAGAAGUAAUGGAUAAGUUAGAAGAAGAGAUUAAGGGGAAGAGAUUCUUUGGAGGGGACAGAAUAGGGUACAUUGACAUUGCAUUUGGAUGGAUCCCUUGCUGGCUUCCUGUUUGGGAAGAGGUUGGGUCAAUGCAAAUAGUAGAGCCUUUGAAACACACUGCCAUAUCUGCAUGGAUCAACAAUUUUCUGAGCCACCCUGUUAUCAGUCACAACUUGCCACCAAGAGACAAACUGCUUCUUUAUUCCCAACGUCGCAAAAAGGACUUUUCCUCUACUCUUCGUCCUUAGGAAAAACCUAUCCAUCUUUGCAUGCAUGCACAUUAUGUGUGUCUUUUCAAUUACUUUGAAUUUAAUAAGAAACUUAAGGGCUGUUAAAUAAAUACUGAGAGGAUUUCAGGGAGCCAUGAAAUAUCUAAUUACAUUUUGGGCUACAAAUCCCUCUCACUUGUCGUAAUUGCUACUAGGUUCACAUGAACCUGUUGCUAGCUAGCUCUGUCCUUUCUGCAAAUUAUUAUUGUUAUGGUCCCUCCAAUUUCUAUGUCACGAGUUGGAUUUAUUAA